AUGAGUGGGUUCAAAGAGACGGAUAGCAUCCAUAAUAAGUCUCUAAAGUCUGCGUAUGCGGAUUUGCUGCUUGAAAAGGUUGGCAAUGGCGCCAAAUCGGUUGUUUAUGAUGGAGAUGAUGAGAGUUGCGAAGAAGGUGAGUUGGGUAUGAUUGAGGAAAAUGAGGAUGAACUUGAUAGUGAUUAUUAUGGAAAGUUCAAGAGGUCAAUUUUGAAAGAAGGGAGGGAUGAUGAGUCGGAUAAGGUGUCGGAGAUGAGUGCGGAUGAUGAUAGGUGGCUUGACGACAACAGUACAUUAGAUGAGGAUUAUACAGAUGAGGCCGAUAGGAGCUUCUAUGGCGAGGAGAAGGAAGAGUACCCUGCGGAUGAGACGUUUCACUAUGAGGAAGAACCGCAGCCGGGUUUGACAUCUAAGAAAUGGUUCAUGAUAGGUUUGUCAUUCAUUAUGGUUUUGUUUUUAGGACCCAUGAUCAAUGGAUUGCUGUCUUCUGGGGGUACUAGUUUGACACAAGCUGGGAUGCCUGCAAUACAGAAACAGAUCAAUCAUAUUUAUAGUGAACUCAAUACGAGGGAGCAGAGAUCAAAAUCCGAUUUCGACAAAACUAUUAAAGUCGUAAUAUCCCAGUUUGAAAAGAAGAUAAAGGAGUUAUUGCCUUCGAACGUGAUGAAAUUGCAAAAUCAGCUGGAAUCGCUUUCUAACAAAGUGAAUAACCUAUCGUUCUCACUUUCACAAUGGGAAAAUAAACAGACACCCAUCUUUUCCAUUGAUAACGUUACAGAAUGGCAAAGCCGGCUGGUCGAGGAGUUGAACGCACAACUGCCGCAGCAAAUUCCUGUGGUGAUAGACAAUGAUACUUCGAUGCUUGUGCUACCGGAAUUGGGGAAAUACAUGGCACAAAUCGCAUCUAGCCUAGUGCAACAAAGUGAAGAGCCCCGAGUGGACCAUUUUCUAAAAUAUGAUCUGAACUCUUACGUGAAGGAGAUCUUGUCGAAUGAAUUCCAAUACGUGGACAGGAGUUUCUUUCUCAAUGAGUUGAACCGCAGAAUGCAACUGAACAAUCAUGAGAUCUGGCAAGAAAUGAAUGACAGAGUAGAACAAUUGAAGCAUGAAAAUAGUUCUCCAACUGGUUCUGUACCGCAGCAGUACUCGAACAUCCUUCUCAAGAAACUAGUCAAUCAGAUUUACAAUGCCAAUCAGCACCAAUGGGAAGAAGAUUUGGAUUUCGCUACUUUUGCACAGGGGACUAAGCUACUUAACCAUCUGACAUCGCGGACAUGGGCUCAAGGCAAUGCAAUAGGUCCAGUUGAACUGUUGCAGGAUGCAAAAUAUAGUUCAACGACUUACUGGCAGUGUGCAGGUGACCGCGAUUGUACAUGGGCCAUUAGGUUUAAAGAUCCCGUCUACAUCACACGCCUAUCUUAUCUUCAUGGCAGAUUCAACAAGAACCUUCAUAUGAUGAACUCUGCUCCAAAAAUGAUAUCAGUCUAUGUGAAACUGGCAAAGUCUGAUAAGAACAUCGAAGUGCAGAAGUUAAUCAAGCUGGCAAAGUCUUUCAAACAAGGUCAACCCCUCUCCAAGGACAACCAACAUAUAAGAAUCGGUCAGUAUGAUUACAGUCUAACAGAUAACAAAGUAAGACAAGCGCUACCUUUGCCUGCGUGGUUCAUUCAGCUAAAACCACUGGUUCGAUCAAUCGUAUUCGAGGUCAACGAAAACUACGGAAACAAGAGAUUCACAUCCCUAAGGAAAUUUAUCAUUAACGCGGUUACCCCAGAAGAUCUGCAAAUAAUGGAGACAAACACAUUCCCCUUUAUUUCGAAUGAGCCACCCGAGUAUGCCACACCUGUGUCCGAUUCAAAAUCACUGCAGAUAGAUGAACAGCUACUUAGAAGACAGUCAUCUGCCGAUGACGUCGCUCACACACUUACAGGCGCCAUUCCUUCUUUUGGUCAAGAUGAAGUCGACAGUUAG